GAAUGCGAAUUUGAUUUACAGAAAACAAAAAAAUUGCUGGUAAUAGCAUGAUGGAGCAUGUGCACAAUCCAGAACUUUCCCUAUUUGUCACUCAUUAUAUGAAAAAUCACUCAUUAAGUAGGCCAAAUACAACAAAAGAUGGUCAUGAAGUGAGAACCUGUAAAAUAGCUGAUCGUUCAGCUUGUAUUAAUCUUUCUGUUUGGGACGAACCAGGAAAUUACAUCCAGUCUGGUGAUAUUUGCAAAUUAACUAAAGGGUAUGCUUCAUUAUGGAAAGGUUGUUUGACUUUAUACACUGGGAAAGGAGGUGAUAUUCAAAAAAUUGGAGAAUUUUGCAUGUUGUUUUCUGAAGCUCCUAACAUGAGUGAUCCAAAUCCAGAGUAUCUUCAACAAAUGCAAGCAAAAUUACAAGGGGAGCAGAGAGGAUCACCAACACCUCAGCAACCAAUACCUGUAACUACCAAUAACCCAUCCCACGGAUCACUUACGACUUCAGUUGUUUGUCCACGGGGUAACGGAGACGGUUCAAAUCUAUAUAGUCAGAGAGGCGUUUCUAGACCAAAUUUACCUUCUUCGCCCCGAACAAUACAUCCCAUAGGUAACCAUAGUAAUGGUAUGAAUAAUAAUAAACAGCGUAUCAAUAGGAGAUAAGAUACAGUACUUGGACAUUUAAAUGAAGCAUGAAGCUAAUAUAACUGACUGCAAUAACUGAUGUGCCAAAGAAUUAGAUUCUUUGGUAACCAGUUCGGGAGUGUUAGCAGAGAAAGAAAGAAAGAAGUAGAAAUAAAGCAAAGGACUAAAUAUAUAUUUUUUCAGUGCCUGUUUUUUAUUUAUAAAAUGUUUCUUCACUCAUUUAAAAACAUCAUUUAAAAUAUCAUUUAAUAA